AUGGCUUCGGGACACCACUAUGAAGCAAUUCAGAUGGAUGUCAAUGAACAUGGUUUUUAUACUAUUUUUGGCAGCACAGAGAUUGUGACAACUAGAGAAUCGUCGACAACACGACCGUUCUCAAUCACUGUCUAUGGCCCAACAAAUGUUAGUCUUCAACGCAUUGUUGAUGAUACGACUUACUGUUAUGUUGGUGGUGCAUGUAAUACUCAAGUGAAAAGUAUCGAUCUGACUCUUGAUGACAUUCUUCGAUUGGAAAUCAAGCGAAACAUGACAAUACAUGAGCAAACAUUCGCCAUUCGGAUCAGUGCUGCGCUUUCAAUAAUUAUGUUUACUACAGGUGUCGUGAGUAGUUUUUCCACAAUGUUAACCUUUCAAAAUGCUAGUUCACGAACAGUUGGAUGUAGUCUGUAUCUUCUUGCAUCCUCUGCCACUUCUGUUUUGACAAAGAGAAAAGCAAACGCUUUGCUCAAUGGAGAAACAUUUACUAGCAGCGUCGACGUGACGGAUACGCUUUUCUGGUGUAUCAUUACUUAUCCACAAUCACUUCAAGAUUACAACACGUCCAUUCUCUUCAUUCACUUGCUUGGCCCAUUCAGCAUAAAUCUUUUAUCUUCGUUGUUAUCUGGUUGUAUAGGUGUAUUUCAUUAUACAUGGUUAUAUCUUUGUGGUUAUUUCAUUUCAUUCACAUCUUCAAUACUGGUCUUUGUUGUGUUUGUCCUUCCUUCGAAUUCCUAUCGAAAAACUUUCAAAGAAUCAUUUUUUCGACUUUGUAAACAACGGCAAUCAUAG